UCCCCUCCCCCAACCGCCGCGCACGCGGCCGAUCAGGGCGGGCCCGGCAGGUGUGGCCCCGCCCCGCCCCUUCCUGCGCGCCCCCCCCUCCCCGCAGUGCGUCAUGCGUGAGGGACCGGGUUUGUCUGCGCAGGUCACGUGCCCAUUUUGUUCUCGGCGUUUGUGGUCCGUUAUUGCACGUGGCCAGGUCUUGUGUUGUCCGCUUCGUUAGCUCCUUGGGAGCAUCUGACCGAGGAAAAGUCUGCCAAGAGUUGCCUUUCUCAGGUGACAUUCAGGUAUCUCCAGGCAGGACUGGCUAAGGCUGAGGGUGGCCUGGGCUAGCUGUGGAUUUCCUGAUGGAAGGUAACACGGAAGAUGAACCUCAAUCUUUGCAAAGCUGCAUGUAUCAGGGAUUAAAGCAUCUGUACCAGGCCCGUCAGCUCUGUGAUGUCACCUUGGUGGCAGAAGGAAAGCACUUCCCAUGUCACAGGAUGCUGUUGGCCUCUGUCAGCCUGUAUUUCCGGUCCAUGUUCACCAGCAACUUCAGAGAGUCUCGGGAUGGGGAGAUUGUGCUACAGAGUGUGGCACCCUCCACCCUUGAGAGUGUGUUGAACUACCUCUACACUGGGGAGAUAUCACUUUCUUCAGAGACUGCUGAGGACCUGUUUGUAGCAGCCAGCUGGCUGCAGAUCCACCCACUGGAGGAGACAGUGAGCAGGUUCCUUCAAGAGAAUAUUUCCACAGAGAACUGCUUCAGGCUUUGUGCAUUGGCUGACAUCCACAACCACCAGGCUCUGCUUUUUGUAGCCACACACUAUAUCAUGCAGGAGUUUGAACGCCUCUCUGAGGAGGAAGACUUUCUGCAUUUGGAUGCCAACAUUUUGAGCCGUAUCAUCUCCUCAGACAACCUGACAGUUGCUUCAGAACUAGUCGUCUGCCAGGCUGUGCAGCGCUGGGUGAAAUUUCAGCCUGCCCAGCGUCUUCCACAACAGGACAAGCUGAUGGGACAUGUCCGCUUUCACCUUAUGAGUGAUGCAGAGCUGGCUGAGGUUGCCCAUUGUGCAGAUGUUGAGAUCCCCAAGAGGCAGCUGAAAGGGGAAGAUGGGCAGUGGGUAAAUGGGGGACCCAGGCAAGGCAUGUAUGAAGAGUGCAUUGUCUGCAUGACAACAGGGACAUGGGAUGAUGACUGUGUUCCACGCUCAGUAUGUAGUACCAACAUUAUAUGUUUUGACCCUAAAACGGAAACAUUUGAUAGUCUGCCGCCUUUAAAAUAUGUGAGUUCUUCACACUGUACAGCUGUGGAACAUAAGCUUUAUGUAUCUGGAGGCUACACAUCUGGAGCCUUAAAUGGUUUGUCUUGUUCAGACACUCUGUAUGAGUACAGUGUUUUUACUGGUAAGUGGACGCAGCUCCCUUCCAUGUCUAAAUGCCGUUCAGGCCAUACCUUUCUUGCAUGUAACCAGAAGCUCUAUGCAGUGGGAGGCCAUCCGUCAAUGUCACUUGAUGUUUCUGGGGAGUGCUUUGACUUGGUGCAAAAUUCAUGGUCUCUGAUUGCUGACAUGCCAUUUCAUCUGGUCAGGGUUGCCUCUGCGGUACUCAAGGCCAAAUUAUACCUAAUAGGUGAACAGGGCUAUGGGUAUUCUGGUCGUGUUUCGUCUCAGGGGUUUCUGAUCUAUGAUACUAAUUUGAAUAGAUGGACAGAAAGGGUUGUAGGUACUGAGCUCUGGAGCAUGACUGCUAUCACAAUGGAUAAUGGGAUAUACCUUGUUGGUAUGCAAACAAAAGAUUUCUGGAGUCGUGAAGCUUUUUGUGAUGAAAACAAGUGUGUUUUCCUCACCGAGGACUGCAACGUGUGCCUCAACAGAAUUCCAAAGUUCCCGAUCGAUGUUGCCAACCCUGGUGGUGUUCAGUGGCAGGGCAGGAUCUAUGUGUUGGGAGGUGAAGGAGAAGAUGACAUAUUUAACCCUUGUAAUAGUAUUUACCAUUGGGCACCUGGUGAGUCCAACUGGACUCUCUGCCCAAGAACUCUCCCUUUUGAUAAUGAAGAACGCUAUGCCUUUGGAAAUGUGACCCUAAAGAGGCCCAAGAAAAUCCUCCCUCUUAAAAGACGUAUGUAGCCUUGAGAGCUUUGUUGGCAGGUAUUUAGUGUCUGCAUUGCAGGAUGCAGCGCUCUGUGGAUUUUCCACAAACUGUGUGAGCAUGUAUACUCACUCACUAAAGUCUACACAGUUUAUAGCACAUGUGAGAAUGAAGCCUUUUGUCAUAAGGCUGGCAGUGAACCAGCAGUUACGAGAACCCAGUGGGCUUUGCAUAAGUGGAAAACCCUAAGUGCAGCUGGAAGUAGGCAAAUGAUAAGUGAUGUUGGAUCACAGGAUGGAAGUAUAAGUGAGAAACAGCAGCAGCCAGUCAGGUGAUUGCAGGGGUACAAGAAACUGCAGACCUGGGUCAUAGAUGUUUUUGAGGAAAAAUGUGCAACUGAUGAUUCUAAGUAUGACAUGCAGUGAUGCCAUAGCAACCAAGUGACAAAAAUGAAGAACUGAAGUAAAUGGAUAAUUAACCUAUGAAAUAUAGAAGCCAUGCAGUCAGUGGGGUGCGGAAGUGGCAAAGGUGGACCAUUGCAAAUAUUCAGAUUAAGCAAACCUCAAAGCAGCUCCACUUGCUAAACCUCCCAGCACCAUGCUGUGGAGGAGAGCAGGCACCAGGAUGUCGCUCAUGGUCUAAUGGAUUGCUAGAGCUGGAAGGACCCUCUGGAGGUCUCGAGUUCAACCCCCUGCUCCAGGCAGGGUCACCCCUGUCUAAGCCUGUGCUGUCAAGAGUUUGUCAAACCUGCUCUUAGAGACACUCAGUGACAGGGAUUCCACAGCUGCUCUUGGUGAUGUUCUGAACCGGUUCAAAUAAGGAGUACCCCAUCCAGCAGGACCUGACCUGUCAGGAGACCCUACCAAGCAUUUCAGCCCCAUGCCUUAACCACACAGCCACAGCUCCCUGACUGGCCUGUCUUGGGUUGCUCCCAAGGAAUUCUGUAAUUAAUGUGAAUGCUGAGCUUUCGGUACUGCUUUCCUCUCUCCUAAUCGUGUCUGCUGUGUUUUAUGCUGGUGUAUUGAAUAAAGUUGCUCUCUAACCUCC